GACACACGCAGCACUGAGGAGGAAGUGAGACGAAGUGACCGCGUUCAAACAAAGUGUCCGUGAGUUUCUGUUGGGAAAGCAUCAAGAUCUGCGGCAAACUGUGCAGGAUUGCGUUCAUCUCCAAAAUCCGGGUUGCAGCCGGAGAGAGAAGAUGGCAGCCGGAAAAAGUGGACCCCAGUAAGCAGCAGAGAUCAUGUUUGUGGCUCCCACUUUUCUUCAGGUGAUUGGCAGGAGGAGGAGAGUCUGACGGAGGAGCAGAGGAAUGUUGGCAGCCAUUUAGUCUGAGCUCAACAACAGAGGAAACAUGGAUUCUUCACAAAAAAAAUGUAAACACAGCAAUGGAAUGAGAUGUGGGACCUCUGAGGAGGAUAUGGAUGGUUCGGCAACAACAGCAAAAAGAGAUGAAUCACUCAGUUGUGAGCAAUGUGGCAAGACUUUCAUCACAGCAACAAAGCUAAGAAUUCACAAACGUAUUCACACUGUGGAGAAACCAUUCAGGUGUGAUCAGUGUGGAAAGGCUUUUACUCAGAAGAGUACUCUAACAAGCCAUCAACUCAUUCACAGUGGAGUUAAACCAUUCAGCUGUGAUCAGUGUGGACAGGGUUUUACUGACAAGAAUAAUCUAGCAAUACAUAAACUCAUUCACAGUGGAGUUAAACCAUUCACCUGUGAUCAGUGUGGAAAGGGUUUUAGUCGGAGGAGUCACUUAAAAAGACAUCAACUCAUUCACAGUGGAGUGAAACCAUUCAGCUGUGAUCAGUGUGGAAAGGCUUUUACUCGCGUGUUCUCUUUGAAAUCCCACCAACUCAUUCACAGUGGAGUUAAACCAUUCAGCUGUGAUCAGUGUGGACAGGGUUUUACUCACAAGAGUACAUUAAAAACUCAUCAACUCAUUCACAGUGGAGUUAAACCAUUCAACUGUGAUCAGUGUGGAAAGGCUUUUACUCACAUGCUCUCUUUAAAAUCCCACCAACUCAUUCACAGUGGAGUUAAACCAUUCAGCUGUGAUCAGUGUGGAAAAGCUUUUACUCAGAAGAGUACGUUAAAAAAUCAUCAACUCAUUCACAGUGGAGUUAAACCAUUCAACUGCGAUCAGUGUGUGAAAACCUUUACUCAACAUGAACAGUUGUCGAUCCAUCAAUGCCCCCAUUCUGGUAGAAAGCGGUACCACUGUGACUCCUGUGAAAAAACUUUCAGCUCCCAACAGACCUUAAUAUAUCACCAACGCAUCCACACUGGACAUGAUGUGUACGUAUGUGAUCACUGUGGUGAACCAUUUGUACAGUACUCACAGUUAAAAGCUCAUGAAGUGACCCACACUGAGGUUAAACCAUACAUUUGUGACCAGUGUGGGAAACGCUACAGCUACACUGCAUGCCUCAAAGUUCACCAACGUGUCCACACUGGGGAGAGACCAUACAGAUGUGACAAGUGUAAGAAGACUUUUACAACUUUGGGUUCCCUGAAACAACACCAGCAGAUCCACACCAGAAAGAAAGCAUUCAAUCAGUGUCACAGUGAGCAGAACGGAACAGAUGGACAAAACUCUCAGACUUACCAGCACUCUGCCAAUGGUGAACAGUGCUGCUUUGACCAGUCUGGACCAACGUCCAACCAACAAGGAACCCUACAACGACACCAGCGUAUGCACACUGGACACAGACUGAACCCCUGCCAAGAAGAUUUCUCCAUGCAGGAUUCAGUAAAAGUUCGUGAAGUCCUCCGCAAACUUAAAGUCCUUGAGAUCCGGCUUCACAGAAUUCAGGUCUAAUUUCUUUGUUUAGUGUCUUCGUUGCUUCGUUGCAAAAUCCAUUAAGAGGAAAGCUGUCGUUAACAGACGUGACUGUAAAUUAAUUAAACCAUUCAAAGUGAUUACUCAGUUAAAUGAAUUAUCAGUGGUAGAGGGAUAGACGUCUGGAUGGAGGCAGUGAGCAGCAGGGCAAAUUUCUUCAAUUACCAGCUUAAUCGUUCCUCAGAUCCCUCUGGGCUGCAGGAACCUGUUAGAUGCAGAGCUGGUUCAGUGAUUCUUUGAUGAUUAAUCAUAAUUAAUUUAGGAGAUUACUGGCCUUAGGAUUCAUAUCUAUCUCUCAGGACAAUGAUGAAGAAUCUCUAAUAUUGAACAAGUAGAUCAAAUAAUCUCAGAUUAUGUGUGAGUUGAAAUACAAAAACAUAAAUUGUUAGAUGAAAUGUAGAAUCUUUGAAAGCUGACAUGGAGUUUAGAAUCACUUCUUUGUAAAUUAGCUGCAUCCAGUCAUUACCAUGACAUUGGCAUCAUGGAACCAUGACCACAUAUACACCCCCUGUCAAAAGUUUUAGGACAGGUACUAAUUGAUUUGAAUGAGAAAGUGUCCUAAAACAUUUGACAGAGGGUGUAUAUGUCUGUAGAUAGUGGCUUUUUCAAUGUUUUUUUUUUCAAAAUUAAGUUGUUUUAAAGUUUGAAAAUGUGGGAAAAAUAUGUAUUUUCACAGUGAAACUUCUGAUGUCCACGUUUUCAACAUUUUUGGGAAAUCUUUGAACAUUUUUAGGUGGAAAUAAAGAAAAAUUAAAAAUAUUUCUAAAGAAGGGAUUUUGGUUGAUUUUUAUGUGAAUGUUUGUAAAGAAAAUAUUAGACGUUUUACUGAAAUAUAUGUAAUCUCUUUAGAUAUUUUUAGGAUUUUUUUGGAAGAUUUUUACUCUUUAUUUGGAAAAUAUUUACAACAAAUUUUCUUGCCAAAUUUGGGGGAUUUUUUGAAAAGAAAACUUAAGAAAUUACUGGAAUUUUCUUCCUGAAGGUUUUGCAAAUUUUCAGAAAUUUGGGGAAUUUUUUGCUGAAUUUUUUAAUUUUUUUUAAGACAAGGAAGCAAUGUUGUUUUUUUGCCUGUAAAUGAGGACAACAGGAGGGUUAAAACAUUAAAAGGCAACAUUAUUAAGGUUUCUUUUAUCAAACGUUUUUCAUCAACAAGUACACAAAAUAGAUUAAAAAUAUAAUCUAACAUAUUUACUGAAUAAAAACUUUGAAUUUCUUCUUUAUGUUGUUCUUCUGCAUAACUCACUAUUUCAAACUGGCUCAUGUUACUUCCAUGUGAUCUGCCAUUAAAACGGCCACAUUCUACCAUAAACACUGUAAAUAAUAACACACCUGCUCAAAGUUAAAGGCCAACAUACGACCCAAACAUGACAUGGAUUUGGUGCCACUUUCAACUAAGAUGAUCUCUUCUGUUAAACAAACCGUUGAUGGUGAAUCUUUUUUCCAGAUAUGAAGCUGCUCCUUCCAGGUCCACAGACAGUAAACAAAACAAAGCUCUCUGUAAAAACCCUCAGAAUGUUGAAUAGAAUAAAUGUGGACAGUUUCAUGACUGUAAGAGAAGAUUUCUGGAUCAUUUUGUGUCUCAUUUGUGUCAUUAUGUGUUUUGUUUUGUUCAGUUUACGUCUUUCUGUCUGGUUUUAAACAGUUUGCAUCUUUUCAUGGUUUUUUUUUUUCUUCCAUUUUGGUCAUUUUGUGCCUUAAUUUUGACCAUUUUGUGGUUCAUUUUAGUCACUUUGUGUGUUUUUAAGUUUAUUUCUGUUUAAAAUUGUUCAUCUUGUUAGUUCUUUUGGUCAGUUCACGUCUAUUUCAUCAUUCUGUGACUCAGUGGCCAUUUCUGUUUCAGUUUUCAUCUCAUUUUUGCUCUGAGUUGCUCAUUUUAUCUCUCAUUUUAGUCAUUUUCCAUCACUUUAAAGUUGUUUUUGUUCAAUUUUGGUCAUUGUGCAUCUUAUUGGAUCAUUUCGUGCAUUUCAUCAUGUCUUUAGAAAAAAAAAAUGUAUCAAUCAGACAGUAAAUGAUCUAUGAACAAACCUCUGUGUAAAACCUUCAGAAUGUUGAAUAGAAUAAAUUUGGACCGUGAUGAAUGUUAGUAAAGAUUUCUGGAUCAAUCUGGUCA